CAGUGCUGCUGCCCUCUCCUCUUUUUCCUCCUGAAGCACUGCAGCUCUCUCUCUGCCCUACUGUUCUGUUUCCUUUGUUUUUCAGACUCACUCUUCCCUCUCACUCUUUUUCCGGCAGAAGAGUGUAACUUUCUGUUUGUUUAUUGCUGAGCACAGUAGUCGUCUCUCCUUCUCUGCAACCGCUAGCAGACUUUUUUUUUUGCUGGCGGGUUUGUCUUCCCACCAUCACUGGGAGAAUUAACCACAAUCUACUGAGCAAUAGACGCUGGACUCUUCCCUGGCAACUGCGUAACUAUGGAGUGCACCCACGGAGCAGAAAUUAAGCAGAGAAACCAAACCGUGAACUGUCACCACUGACACUGAAGGAGAAGCGGGCUGAAAAGACGUUGUGGAGGAAGCUAACUUUACAUCUCUGCUGGAUCUUCCUUGACUUGCGCAACUGUAGAUAACAGGAUUAAGGAUUAAGGAGACAAACAACAAGAAGCCUUUUUUUUUUAAGUUCUCCCCGUGGGUUUUUAUUCACAGUCUAUACAAAGUGUCAACGGAGCAGAAGAUUGAACUCCACCCCUCUGGAAGUAACCGUUGGCUAACGAAGCUGGAGACAAAAGUGGGGGGGACAAAGAUUUCUGCCUUGGAGACGGACUGUGUAUCUUUGUCUGGGUUUUUUUGUGCGAGUGUGUCCUCGAAGUUGUGUCGGGACCUUGGUUUUGUGUGUUUAUUUAUGUAGCUUCCGUACACGAGAAGUCCAGCGUGUGUGUGUGUCCAUGUGAUGCGAGGCUGUGAGACAGCUGGCUGUCUAUCUGUCCUCGGUGCAGACGGACACACUGAGGGACAGACAUGUGUUUCCAUGGCAAUGAGCGGCUGUAGCCCCUUUCAAUUGUGUUGGGACAGAGAAUAUGACAGACACCUAGCGGCUGCAUCGUCAGCAGGGAAGAACAUGGCGACGGCCUACCUGGACCCCAACCUGAACCAUGCCCUCCUGGGAGGCGCCAAAUCUCGACUAAGCGCAGGGGGGUCGGACCGAACCAUGGCUGGCUCCGUGGACAGGGUUCUGAAAGUCUUCCAUCACUUCGAGGCCAACACUGAACACAGCUGCUGGUCCUCCAACAUCAGAUAUGGAGAUGCAACGGAUGUCAAAGGAAUUAUCCAGAAGAUUCUCGACAUCCACAAAGUGCGCUGGACGUCUUGUUUUGGUCUUCGUCUCAGCAACAGCCAAUCCAGAGACCAGGUGCACUGGCUCCACCCCGAUUUAGGCGUGUCCCACGUCCGGGAAAAGUAUGACCAGCCUCGGUCGACGGAGGAGUGGAGGUAUGAGCUAAGGAUUCGGUAUCUUCCAAAGGGCUUUGUGCAGCAGUUCACAGAAGACAAACCUACACUCAACUACUUCUAUCAGCAGGUGAAGAAUGAUUACAUGACAGAAAUUUUGGAACAGGUGGAACAAGAUGUUGCUCUAAAACUGGGUUGUCUGGAAAUCAGGAGGUUCUUCAAAGAGAUGAGAGGAAACGCCCUGGACAAGAAAUCCAACUAUGAACUAUUAGAGAAAGAUGUUGGCCUGAGGCGUUUUUUCCCAAAAUAUCUGUUGGAUUCAGUCAAGGCUAAAACUCUUAGAAAGCUGAUUCAGCAGACUUUUAAGCAGGUGGCCAAUCUAAACGACGAGCAGUGCAUCUUGAAGUUCUUGGAGAUCUUGGCACCGAUCCAUCGCUAUGACAAGGAGUGCUUCAAAUGUGCCCUUGGGUCCAGCUGGGUGAUCCAGGUGGAGUUGGCCAUCGGGCCGGAGGAAGGGAUCAGCUACCUCACUGACAAGGGAUCCACUCCCACCCACCUAGCUAACUUCAACCAAGUCCAGUCCAUCCAGUACUCUGCCAUGGAGGAGAAGGACAGGAAAGGGAUGCUACAGCUCAACGUAGCUGGAGCUGCUGAGCCUCUCACAGUUACGACAGCAUCACUGACAAUGGCAGAGAACUUGGCUGACUUGAUUGACGGUUACUGUCGGCUCAUCUCCAUGGAAACACACUCUUUCAUCAUCAGAUAUCAGAAAGAGGGAGAGAGAGCACUUCCUUCCAUCCCAAAAUUGUCCAACAAUGAGAAAAAGUUAGAAGCCGUUCGGAGUGGAAUAAGAGCUAUCUCCGUCUCGGAGGAUCUUAGUGGGGAUGAAACCGAUGACUACGCUGAGAUAGUGGAUGAAGAGGACACAUACACCAUGCCCUCCAUCAGCUAUGGAAUAGUUGAAGCGCGGGAUUAUGAGAUCCAGAGAGACAGGAUAGAGUUGGGCCGCUGCAUAGGAGAGGGCCAGUUUGGAGAUGUACACCAAGGAGUCUACGACAGCCCGGACAAACCAUCUCUCGCUGUGGCCAUUAAGACCUGCAAGAACUGUACAUCCGACAGCGUCAGAGAAAAGUUCCUACAGGAAGCAUUGACAAUGCGCCAGUUUGACCACCCUCACAUCGUUAAGCUGAUCGGAGUGAUCACAGAGAACCCUGUGUGGAUCAUCAUGGAGCUGUGUACUCUGGGAGAGUUACGCUCCUUCCUUCAGGUGAGGAAGUACAACUUGGACUUGGCCAGUCUCAUAUUGUUUGCCCACCAGCUCAGCACAGCCCUCGCAUACCUGGAGAGUAAACGUUUUGUACACAGGGACAUCGCAGCACGCAACGUGUUGGUCUCCUCAGUCGACUGCGUGAUGCUCGGAGACUUCGGCCUGUCGCGAUACAUGGAGGAUAGUUCUUACUACAAAGCUUCUAAAGGUAAACUUCCUAUCAAAUGGAUGGCUCCUGAAUCCAUCAACUUCCGAAGAUUCACCUCCGCCAGUGACGUCUGGAUGUUUGGGGUGUGCAUGUGGGAGAUUCUGAUGUUCGGCAUUAAGCCUUUUCAGGGAGUGAAGAACAACGACGUCAUUGGCAGGAUAGAGAACGGCGAGCGAUUGGCCAUGCCUCCUCAGUGCCCGCCCACCCUCUACAGUUUGAUGACCAAAUGUUGGUCGUAUGACCCCAGCAAGCGGCCGAGAUUCACCGAACUCAAAACACAACUCAACACCAUCCUGGAGGAAGAAAAGCUUCAACAAGAGGAGAGACUUCGAAUGGAGAUGAGGAGACAAAUCACCGUGUCCUGGGACUCCGGAGGGACUGAUGAAGCACCGCCCAAACCCAGUAGACCAGGUUACCCAAGUCCUCGUUCCAGUGAAGGAUUCUUUACCGGCCCCCCACUCAACCACUUCCCGCCCUCGGCCCAUGGUGUCGUAGUAGGGGGCAGCUACCCUGCUGUUGAUUCCUGGAGUCAACACCGACCUGAACACACUGCCCUGUGGAACCCGAACAUGGAGGACGAUGGCUGUGUAGGCCAGGCUGUGAUGGAAGAGAGGCUGAUGAUGCAGCAACAACAGAUGGAGGACGACCAGCGGUGGCUGGAGCAGGAGGAGAGCUUCAUGGUUAUGAAGGCAGAGUCCAGAAACAGCAGAGGAAGCAUUGACCGAGAAGACGGCUCACUACAAGCACCGGGUGGAAACCAACAUAUUUACCAGCCGGUCGGGAAACCAGAACACGUGGCUCCUCCUAAGAAACCGCCCCGCCCUGGAGCUCCUUGUCACCUAGGCAACCUUGCCAGUCUUUGCCCCGUUGACAGCUACAACGAGGGGGUAAAGCUGCAGCCUCAGGAGAUCAGCCCGCCCCCCACGGCUAACUUGGAUCGCUCUAACGACAAAGUGUAUGAGAACGUGACUGGAUUGGUCAAAGCUGUGAUUGAGAUGUCCAACAGGAUCCAGCCAGCGGCCCCGGAGGAGUACGUCCCCAUGGUCAAGGAGGUGGGUCUGGCGCUGAGGACUCUGCUUGCGACAGUGGACGAGACACUUCCUGUUCUGCCGCCCAGCACACACAGAGAGAUCGAGAUGGCCCAGAAGCUGUUAAAUUCCGAUCUGGCCGAGUUAAUAGCGAAGAUGAAGCUGGCCCAACAGUACGUGAUGACGAGUUUACAAAAGGACUACAAGAAGCAGAUGUUGAUGGCGGCUCACGCCCUCGCAGUCGAUGCCAAGAACCUGCUGGAUGUCAUCGACCAAUCACGACUCAAGAUGAUCCGCCCGCAUUAGUGUGCGCUGCUGUGGAGAUUGAGCGUGCGGUAGCUUGUUGGGACGAGGGCACUCAGGCCAGGGACGGACGGAUUAAUAAGUGAACCGACGCAGUCAGCUCCCUCAUCUCCGCCUUCAAACGCUCAGCGUUUCUCUUCGCUCGCUGCCGGCGGGCACGUUUUGCUCAAUAUUGUGAUGUUUUGUACUUUUGUUGCAUUAUUUGCUUUUGUAUCCAGAGAAACGCUUUUGUCUUCCAUCACGUAUCCUCAAAGAUGAGGGUUUUUUUGUUUUUUAAAUCCGUCGUUUCUAUACUUUUAAUCUUUGAAGAGAGUGAAUCAGAAGUUUCAGAGGCUCGCUUUGAAGGACUGCAGAGAUAUUUUGGUGUUUGGAGGCACCAAAAUGUGCCACAAGAACCCAACUAACAGUCUUCACGUAUGCAGGAUGUAACAACUGGAAUUGAAGAGCCAGGACGAGGAAGAUAAUGAUGAUAUGAUAAUGUUGCUGUUCAAACAUGCUUUUAUAUCAUUAUUAAUUAUUACUAUUACUAUUUUCAGCUUUUCCUUUGACAGUACGUCUGUGUUCCUCUUUUUCCUCAAUUCAACGGGCAAAAAUAAGUGACUUCCAGCUGCUCGUCAAUAACUUCACUGUUUAGACCUCGAUCUUGAGAUGAAAUGAAAUAUGAAAGCUGUAUUGGGAAGAACAAAGUAAAUGUCACAGGCCACUUUUUAAGUUAACUUGCAUAGUAUAUAUACAUAAAUGCUAUAUUUUUAACACGUUUCUGAGGCAUGAAUUGUUCGUAAAUAAAGGAGACGGAUGAAUUUGGGUUGAGUGACAAGUGCGAGAGGUUGGGUGAGGUUGUUACAAAGGUGGUCCUAGUUAUGUACAGCAGUGAACCCUACGCUAAAUGUACUAUGAUAACAAAAAAGGAUUAUGUCCUGGAAAUCAUUUUAUAUUGUUCAAAAUUCCACAUUUUUUGGCAGCAACAAAAUUCAUGGAUUCUUUAUUGCUGUUUUUUUUACAUUGAAGCCAAAUUCUAAGUUAUGUUGCAGGUUCCUACUUAUCUAUUCGCCUUCUCAGAAAUAUUCACUCAACAAUAUGCUUUUCAGAAUAUUGAAAUUCUGUUUCCUAUUUAGAAGAGGGUUCGGUGGCCCAAAUAGAGUACAGUACAGGAUUCAUGUCCUACGCGAUUUCUUCUUUUCUUCUUUCUGGAGUUAUUUAUACAUUAUUCCCUCUUCUCUUGUGCGCCGUCACCCUUGUACUUUUCCUCCCUCUGUCACCGUCCCUCCCUUCAGCCUCCUGUUGCUCUCCCUCUCUGAUUCUGUCCCAUUCCACCGUUCCUUCCCCUCUGAGGUGAGCAAUAUUCUCAGGAAGGAGUCACAUGUACAGUUGCUAAACCAAGCAAAUAAAAACACUGUUAACAUUAAAAUAA